UGGAGACUAGCCUUAUUAUUAUAAUCAUUUAAAAGAGGGACUUCUGAUAUGAAUCGAGUUCGACCUGUUUCAAAAUUGCAGUGCUUUUGUUUAAUUGUCUUUGUUUGGUAUACCGUAUAAAUAAAGACGAAGCCCGAGAGUAAACACAGGAUAACAGAGAAUUCAUUGAAAAUCAUAUACUAUGGUUUUACCAAGAACAGUUGCUGUAGCUGCUUCGACUUCUAGCUUUCGGAUAUCCUUAACAUCUUUAUCUACCAUCAACUACAAAUUUCAACUUUGCCAUUCUUCUAUCUCACUUCAUUGUCCCAGGCUUCAAUCAACUGUUGCAUGUUUUUCUCAACAACAAAACCAUAGCAUUCGCAGCCCUAACCUUGUUGCUCUAGAAUAUGCUGAUCUUAAUCUUCCUCAUAUUUGCGUGGAGUUGGGUCAUAUUCGAGUUCGGCAACAUGUUAAUCCUCUCAGUUCUGCUUUAUCUGUUCCAGCUAAGGCUCCUGAUUGGAAUGAUGUGUUUAAGGACCCCUCUUUACCUUUGAUGAUUGACAUUGGCUGUGGUAGUGGCAGAUUUCUCUUAUGGCAAGCCAAACAGAACGUUGGAUCUAAUAAUUAUUUGGGACUCGAAAUCCGCAAAAAAUUGGCAGAACGCGCUAAUAUUUGGGCAAAAGAGCUGGGUCUUUAUAAUGCAUAUUUCAUGUUUGCCAAUGCUACGGUUUCUUUCCAGCAGUUGGCAUCCUCUUACCCUGGACCAUUGGUCUUAGUUUCAAUCUUGUGCCCAGAUCCUCAUUUUAAGAAGAAGCAUCAUAAAAGAAGGGUUUUGCAGAAGCCACUUGUUGACUCUAUAGUGGAUAGAUUGACAUCAGGUGGACGGGUUUUUGUUCAGUCUGAUGUGCACGAAGUGGCAGUUGACAUGAGAACUCAGUUUGAUUUUGUGUCAAAUAUACAACAUGUCGACAUCAUUGACCCAAAUUUUGUUUGUGAUCCUGAUGGUUGGCUUUUGAAGAAUCCAAUGGGGAUUAGGACUGAGAGAGAGAUCCAUGCAGAACUCGAAUGUGCUAAAAUAUACAGACGGAUGUAUCAGAAAAGAACGUGAUUUCUGUUGGUUGAUGCUUUGUCAUUGAACUAUUGCAGCUACUCCAAAGUUGCUCCAAAUAACAAUUCUUAGUGGUUUUGAGGGUCAAAGUUCAGCACCUCAGAUUACUACAAUCACCUUCUAUCGAGUGUCGACUUUUGCUAAGGUACUUUUCUUUACUAGCUUCCGGCUUCCUUUUUCACCUCAAAGAUCGGAAAAGCAAGGUUAUUGUCCCUAAAAUCACAUGUAAGAGCAGAGUCACCUUUCAAAUAGAUGUACAUGUUAGAUAGUUGGGUUUCUUACAGUGUUAUGGCAGAGUCACCUUCUCUAGGAGUUUGAGAUUUUAAGCUACCUAUUCUCCCACUUCUAUUUCUUUUAUGAUUCCCUUUUAAAUUAGAUUUACAAUCAAGGUUGUGUAUUGGUAUUCUAUGUUGUUUCAUCUUUUUAUGAGCGAGAAACUGCAGCAUUUAUUGACUUUCGUCAAUUUUAUCGGCAGAUGAGGCAACUGAACUUCCUGAGCAUCUUCUAUGGGCUCAACUGUUAAGUUGUCUUCAACUUCACUCAGCUGUAGAGGCUUGAAGAUUUUCCAAAAGAAAUGUCAAUUCAUAUUUCAUUGAUCUCCAUUCAAACCGUAAUGUUCUCUUUACACAUUUGUUAACACUCAUCUUUGAGACUUUUAGUUUACGUUCAAAAUAAGCUUUUGAGCCUUUUGAAUCUGCCUUUGGAGGCACUUUAGCAAAACUAAUCCUCUCCACCAAUUUCAACCAGCCUGACUUCACGGUUAUUUUGAGCUUCUUUGAUAAAAUAAUGCUUGAUUUUCAUAUGCUUUGUCUUGCAAUAAAAGAUGCCAUUCUUGUAAAUUGCUAGUGCAGAAUCGCUGUCAUAGUGAAUAACUACAGCUUCACCUUAUGUUCACAAUAUCUGACAGCGUCUUAGCUAUAUUUCUUGAUUGGGCUAUGUUCACAAAUUGCAAUGUAUUCUACUUUUGCUGUAGAUUGGGCUAUUGUAUCUUGCUUACGAGAUUUCAUGGAAAAUACUCCAUUUCCUAGUGUAAAAAUGUAGGUUCUGAUGCUAUUCAUAUCAUUAAGAGACCUUGCCCAACCACUAUCGCUGAAUACAACUACUCCUGGACUAGUAGUCAUGGUCUGAAGUGAAUACCAUAGCCAUAUGUUCCCUUCACAUAUCUUUAAGAGUUAGGGAUGAUCAUGUGUUCAAAAUACAAUUGGACCUGCCUCGAACCCACCUCCAAUUUCAGGGUUUGAAUCCAGAAUUCUAAGACCCAGCGAAUUCAGAUUUGAGUCCAUGUCCAAAAACAAUAAUUGGGUUCGGGCUUGGGUCUUUGGUCCUUACAUCCAUACCCUCUUUUUGGAUCCUAUUAAGAUCCAGAAUUGUCGAACCCGCUUUAGACUCGAUCUUACACAAUCCAAAAUCUAUUUUAAAUUCGUUUUGAAUCUGUUUUUAUUUUUGUGUUUUGGAUUCUACUCUGAACUAUAUAAAUUACUUAUAAACCCAUUUUAAUACUAAUGAAACCUUCAAAAUGAAAAAAAAAUUUAGUAUGAAUAAUUAAAUUAAGACUCUUUUAAGAUCUUAGACCCAACAGAUUUGAGCGGAUCAGGAUUUAGGUCCAAUAAUUUCAAACCCUAUUAAUAGAUCUUAGUCCGGGUCUGGUUGGACUCUUCCUAUGACCAUCUCUUCUCUACUUAGGAGUCUUUGUUGCUUCUUGGUUAAGUUUGCUAGGUCUUUUGCAUAAAUCUCGAUAAGAAACUUCUUGUAAACAUAGUAUCAUGUCUUGUUCGAGUAUGAUAAAGUAAGCUAUCUAUCUUGCGUUGGUAGAUUUUCUAAUCUGCUCUCUGACUCUCGUCACCCGUGCACAACCUUUUAGUAACUUGAAAUGGAGUUGUGAUGGGAUUGCAAUUCUCUACUAGAUUCAAUUGUAUACAAAUUUUCUCAACUUCAAUACUUUUGUAGCCUUGCCCUUUUGCUUCAAAACCAUAGGGUUGUUAUACAUAUAUAUUUUCUUUUAAAUACCCAUUCCUUUAAUGUACCAUUCAAUGUUUGAGGCGACUAACUCUAAGAUUGCUCAAAUAGUCUCAUACAUUAGGAUAGAUACAAGUGUCACAUUGUAAUCAAUGCCAAACAAUUGAGAAUAGCCUUUGACUACAAGUUUUGCUUUAUAUUUCGAAACGAAAUCAUUUGGAUUAAUCUUGAUGUUGGUUAAGGCACACCAUCCUCAUACAACAUUCAAUCCUUCAAUCUACCUUUCAAAGACAACUUUGAUGUUUUAGUUGCUUAAUCUUCAAUCUUUAAUUUAGCUUGAAAAUGAUUACAUUGUGUGUUUUUGAGUCGAACCUUUUAAGUUACUUGUUUUAGUUUGUUCAAGUUGGAACUUUUUAAUUUAGUUUGGAACUUUAAUUUUAUGUGACUUAUAGUUUAGAAUAGAAUUGUGUGCGAUUUUGUACAAGUCAAUUGUAUUUGAAACUCAUAGCAAAGCAAGCAUGUAAACAAAAGGAGUCCAAGUCCAAAUGAGGAGCUAUCAACACUAUACCCAAACAAACUUAGAAAGGAAGUCAAUAAAGAAGCUACAAAAAAACAGUCCAAAUCUAUCAUUCCAAGAAGUGGCGCUAUGUAGCCUGAAGUCAAGAGAAAAUUGUGUGAUAGUCAUGGAUGAAUUGGUUGAAGAUCAUGGGAUCGUAUAGCAAUAUGCAAUCGUUUAUUAUUUGUCAUCGAGGUAAGAAGAGGAGACGAUCGAAAAGUUAAUUGCAUUAUUGGAGAAGAUUAGUUAUUUUUUUUAGAAAAAAUUACAACCGUUUUAGAGCCGAAAAUCGUACGGUUUUAGAGAAUAUUUAGUAGUUUAUCUUUUGCUUUAUUUUCCGAUAAAUAAUUCAUUUGUAUUUCAUUUCACGGUUGUUGAAUUUAUAAUAAAAUUAUGAAGAUUUUAUGUUUUAAAUCUUUGUUCUUACGAUUUUUGGAUUGGAAUUGUGAUUGCAAAAGUUCUUACGUUUAGUGUAAUAGAUGAUUGCACUUGAG